AUGAUAAAGCAAAAGAGGUCGUACCCACUUAUGAACAAAGAAGGCGAAAUAGGCAACCCCAGCGAUGCGGAAGGUGUAUUUAAAAGGCCACGAAAUAGAAGCGCCAGUAGCAACAGGUCUUUUGGAAGUUGCAAGGAUGAGGAAAAUGAAAAAGAUGAAAUAAUGAUGAAAUACUGUGCUAGUGGCACAACCACAGAAAUGAGAAUCCCAUAUUGUCUUCUCCUCCCCAAUAGGGCAAUAGGGUUUGUUAUUGGUAAGUCAGGAAGCAAUGUACGUGAAAUUGAAAAGGCGUGUGGAGCGAUCAUAAAAUGCCAAAAGGAAUUUGACGUUGUAGUACAUCCACCUCCGUCGGAAAAAAUUUUAACCAUUUUUGGAAAAAAGGAAAAUAAAAAAAAAGCAUUAGAAUUGGUUUUAGGUAAAUCAAAAACGGUUAUGGAUUUUCAGGAAGAGGAUGGAAAAGAGUCCAUCGUUAUUAUCGUACCUACUAGAUCUAUACCAAUUAUUAUUGGACAGAAGGGAUCCAAAAUUGCUUCUCUGUCUGAACAGUCAGGCUGUGAAAUUAAUGUGCAUAAGGAUGAUGUUCCAGGAAUUAAAGAUAAGGCUAUUUUUAUUAAAGCCAAAAAUUUUGCAAAAAUUAUUGACUGUAUAAGUAUCAUUUAUGACCUACUAGAGGAUAUUGUGGAUAAUGGUAUUCUUUCCAUAUCUGAAUUUCCUGGGGUUCCCAAAAAUGGUGCCGUCAAGUCUGCCCAGGGUGGUGGUGGCGGUGCUUUGCCCGAUGCUUCAAGCGGCAUGGGCAUGGGUGGCGGGGGCAGCGGAGGAGGAGCAGCAGGAGGUCCCAAUAGCCAUUUCCAUCAAGGCGGAGGUUCUUCACACAAUCACUUUAAUCAUGACGUCAAAUAUAACAUGAAAAAAAAUGACAAUAGUAAUUCCUUUGAAUAUAUGAACGGCGACGAUUAUGAUAAUUUUUCAGUUCCAAAAGAGAGGAAUCUGUUGUUACACAAAUUUGGAAAAGAAGCGAGCGCAUGUGUGAUUCGCUUUGUUCUCGAUGUAGAAACGACCGCCUGGAUAAUCGGCAAGGCAGGCUGCCACAUAAAGGAAAUUAGAACUAUUACAGGAGCGGGUGCAGUAAUUGUGGAUGCCCCGGAUAAUAUUGAAAAUGUGAAAACGUGUGAUCGAAUUUUAACCCUAUCUGGAUCGGCGGAAAAUAAAUUUAAUGCACUCAAAUUAAUCGUCAGACAAAUUGAAGAAAGAGAAAAAAAUAUCAACCAUCCAAUGCGUAUGCUAGUUCCUGGAAAGGCAGCUAGCUUCCUAAUUGGUAGAAAGGGUUCCAUUAUAAAAUACAUUACAGAUAUGUCGGGUUCUCAAAUACAGGUAGCUAAAAAUAAAGAAAGUGAAAAUGAAAAACUAGUCUUGAUUAGCGGUUCUCCUGAUGCUAAAAUAUUGGCCUCCAUCUUAGUUUUGCAAAAAUUAGAAGAGUACGAAAAUCCGGCUAUCGCUAGGGAAGGAUUACUCAUCCCUUUGAAUGACGUCAUAUUCAGCUUAAACACCAGCAAGCAUGGUGGCGUAAAAAAGGGAAACAACAAUAGUUAUAGUAGCAGCGGGGUGGGUGGUAAUCAUGGAAAGCCAGGACAUAACAAUCACCAUACAAAUAUGAAUAACGACAGGUAUUACUCUUCUGGCUCCAACCCUAAUAAUCAUUAUGGAGGAAGGGGUUCUUCUCCCCAUGCCGUUAAUGGAAGCGGAUAUGGUGCAGGUGGAAACCACUCUUACGACGACAACAACAUGCACAGUCAGAACAAUAAUUAUAAUAACUCACUUAAAAACCCAAAUGAUAUGAAAGACAAGGUAGAGAAAAUGUUCCUCCAACAGUUAUACAAAUCCUUCCCCAUUUCUUCCCUACCAAAAAUUUUAUCAGUCACACAACCAUACACUAUCGAGCUGAACAUGCCCGAUGUGUACUUGGAAACGUUCGACUCGCAGAAUAAAAAUGGAAAAUCUUUAAUUGAAGAAAUUAUUGAGAAGUCAGGCUGUAACAUCUCCAUCUGUACCGACACCAACGAUUCCUCCUCCUACACCUUUAUCCUCUCCAUCACGGGUUCCCCCCUCGCAAACUCCAUUGCCAUCCUUAUGAUCCAGGCCAAAAUUUUUCAGUUCGACUGGUUUUGA